GGCCGCGAGGCGGGGCGGGAAGGCCGGAGAAACUAGUUUGUUGGCGGCGCCGGUGCGGUUCGGCUACGGGAUCGCGGCCGGGACUGGAGAGCCGGCCGGGGGCGGCGGCAGCGGCGGGGACUGCGGAGCCUGUGGGGCCCCACGGUGGGUACACGAUGUCAGUCAGCGUUCACGAGACCCGCAAGUCGCGGAGUAGCACAGGCUCCAUGAACAUCUCGGUCUUCCACAAGGCCUCGCACCCUGACUGUGUGCUGGCCCACCUCAACACUCUGCGCAAGCACUGCAUGUUCACCGACGUCACUCUCUGGGCUGGCGACCGAGCCUUUCCUUGCCACCGUGCAGUCCUGGCUGCCUCCAGCCGAUACUUUGAGGCCAUGUUCAGCCAUGGCCUUCGGGAAAGCCGGGAUGAUACGGUCAACUUCCAGGACAACCUGCACCCUGAGGUGCUGGAGCUGCUCCUGGACUUCGCCUACUCCUCUCGCAUCGUCAUCAAUGAGGAGAACGCAGAGUCGCUGCUGGAGGCUGGUGACAUGCUGCAGUUCCAUGACGUCCGGGAUGCAGCUGCCGAGUUCCUGGAGAAGAAUCUUUCCCCCUCCAACUGCCUUGGCAUGAUGGUGCUGUCUGAUGCUCACCAGUGCCGGCGGCUCUACGAGUUCUCAUGCCGAAUGUCCCUGGUACACUUUGAGACGGUGCGGCAGAGUGAGGACUUCAACAGUCUCUCUAGGGACACACUGUUGGACCUCAUCUCCAGAGACGAGCUGGAGACUGAGGAUGAGCGCGUGGUCUUUGAGGCCAUCCUGCAGUGGGUGAAGCAUGACCUAGAGCAGAGGAAGGCCCACCUGCCGCUGCUGCUGCGCAAUGUGCGACUGGCCCUGCUGCCCUCAGACUGUCUGAAGAAAGCCGUCUCCGGAGAGGCCCUCCUCAUGGCGGAUGAGUGCACCAAACUCAUCAUAGAUGAGGCCUUCCGCUGCAAGACCAAGAUCUUGCUGAACGAUGGCGUGGUCACCAGUCCCUUUGCCCGGCCUCGCAAGGCAGGUCACACAUUGCUCAUCCUGGGAGGCCAGACCUUCAUGUGCGACAAGAUCUACCAAGUGGACCACAAAGCCAAGGAGAUUAUCCCCAAGGCAUCUGCCGAGCCCCGGAAGGAGUUCAGCGCUUCAGCGAUUGGUUGCAAGGUCUACGUGACUGGAGGCAGGGGCUCUGAGAACGGGGUCUCUAAGGAUGUCUGGGUGUAUGACACUGUCCAUGAGGAAUGGUCUAAGGCAGCUCCCAUGCUGAUUGCUCGCUUUGGCCAUGGCUCAGCUGAGCUGGAAAACUGUCUCUAUGUGGUAGGGGGGCAUACAUCCCUAGCAGGCAUUUUCCCUGCCUCUCCUUCUGUCUCCCUGAAACAAGUUGAGAAAUAUGACCCUGGGGAUAAUAAGUGGACUAUGGUGGCCCCAAUGAGAGACGGUGUCAGCAAUGCUGCUGUGGUGAGUGCCAAGCUGAAACUCUUUGUGUUUGGAGGGACCAGCAUCCACCGGGACAUGGUGUCCAAAGUCCAGUGUUUUGACCCCUCGGACAACCGGUGGACAAUCAAGGCAGAAUGUCCCCAGCCUUGGCGAUACACAGCAGCUGCUGUUCUGGGCAGCCAGAUUUUCAUCAUGGGCGGUGACACAGAGUACACAGCAGCUUCAGCAUAUCGCUUCGACUGUGAGACCAACCAGUGGACGCGGAUUGGGGACAUGACGGCCAAACGCAUGUCCUGUCAUGCCGUGGCUUCAGGCAACAAGCUGUAUGUGGUUGGAGGCUACUUUGGGACCCAGAGGUGUAAGACCCUGGACUGCUAUGACCCUACUUCAGACACAUGGAACUGCAUCACCACCGUGCCCUACUCUCUCAUUCCCACGGCCUUUGUUAGCACCUGGAAGCAUCUGCCUGCAUGAAAGGCAGCUUUAGAGCCCAGCCAGCCUGUGUGCUUCUUCCUGCCUGGGCCAGAAGCUGACAGCACCAGUUCCCGGCAGCAGCAGCUCCAGCAGGCCUUACCUCUAGGCAUCAAAAUGAAGUUCUCCAGCGUCACCUGUACUCGGUUCCCAAAGCUGCCAGAGGCUUGUGUGGAGAGAAGCGUCCAGAGGCGUGGGCUGUCACCAGCCACCCUGGGCCAGUGGAUAUGACAUUCACUCAAAGCCUUGAGGUCACCAGCAACCCA